AUGCGGGAGGAAACAACCUUGGCGCUGGCUGCUCAUGGGGAGGUUCGGGGACCCGAGGAGGAGCAACAGGGUGGGGGAGACUUUCCUGGGUCCGCUGGAGGUGGCGGUGGCUGCUGCAGUAGUGAGCGCCUGGUGAUCAACAUCUCGGGGCUGCGAUUUGAGACACAAUUGCGCACCCUUUCUCUGUUUCCUGACACGCUUUUGGGAGACCCUGGUCGCCGAGUCCGCUUCUUUGACCCCUUGCGCAAUGAAUACUUCUUUGACCGCAACCGGCCCAGCUUCGACGCCAUCCUGUACUACUACCAGUCUGGGGGCCGGCUACGAAGGCCGGUCAAUGUGCCUCUGGAUAUCUUCCUGGAGGAGAUCCGCUUCUACCAGCUGGGUGAGGAGGCCCUGGAGGCCUUCCGGGAGGAUGAGGGCUGCCUUCCAGAGGGUGGUGAGCACCAGAAGCCCUUGCCCUCUCAGCCCUUCAAGCGUCAGGUCUGGCUCCUCUUUGAAUACCCCGAGAGCUCAGGCCCAGCUAGGGGUAUCGCUAUCGUCUCUGUACUGGUUAUUCUCAUCUCCAUAGUCAUCUUUUGCUUGGAAACUCUGCCUCAGUUCCGGCCGGACCCCCGAAGUAGAAGUGAUGGUGGGAGGGUAAGUUCUGGGGGCCCAGCCUCCAGAGGGAGCCAGGAAGAAGAUGAGGGAGACCACUCAGUAUACAGGCUGUUAAAUCCCAGUGUAGUCGUCCAAGGUGGAGUUGUAUCCGGACCGGGGCCAUCGAACCAACUGAUCCCACUUGGGGGUCCUACAGAGUCUGUCUCCUUCUUCACAGACCCUUUUUUUCUGGUAGAGACCCUCUGCAUAGUGUGGUUCACAUUUGAACUGCUGGUUCGUUUUUCUGCCUGCCCUAGCAAGCCAGCCUUCUUCCGUAACAUCAUGAACAUCAUAGAUUUAGUGGCCAUCUUCCCUUACUUUAUCACCUUGGGCACAGAGUUGGUGCAACAGCAAGAACAACAGCCUGGGAGCACAGGUGGGGGCAGCAGCCAGAAUGGGCAGCAGGCAAUGUCCCUGGCAAUCCUAAGAGUUAUCCGCCUGGUCCGGGUUUUCCGAAUCUUCAAACUCUCCCGACACUCUAAAGGUCUCCAAAUCCUGGGCAAGACUUUGCAGGCCUCCAUGAGAGAGCUUGGACUCCUCAUCUUUUUCCUCUUCAUUGGGGUCAUUCUCUUCUCCAGUGCUGUCUACUUUGCUGAGGCGGAUGAUGAUGAUUCACUAUUUUCCAGCAUCCCUGAUGCCUUCUGGUGGGCAGUGGUCACCAUGACCACAGUUGGCUAUGGGGACAUGUACCCUAUGACUGUAGGGGGCAAGAUUGUGGGAUCUCUGUGUGCCAUUGCAGGUGUCCUCACCAUUGCCCUACCUGUACCUGUCAUUGUCUCCAACUUCAACUAUUUCUACCAUCGUGAAACAGAGCAGGAGGAGCAAGGCCAAUAUACACAUGUCACAUGUGGGCAGCCUGUACCUGAUCUGAAAGGAGUAGGUGGGGGACUUGGCAAACCAGAUUUCUCUGAGGUUGCCCCAGAACGGAGACCCAGCUACCUUUCCACCCCACACAGGGCUUAUACAGAAAAAAGGAUGCUAACUGAAGUUUGA